AUGAGCUUUUACUACUUGGACCUUACACACCGUAAUAAAAAAGAGCACAAAGCAGUCAAUGGGAAUCCAGCAAGCGUCUUUGAAGAACUCCGUCCCUGUUCAAAGCUGAGAGGGCUGAUUCUAGCUGUACCAGAUGAUCUCCAGUUGGAAGCCAUUGGGCCACUAUCCCAACAAUUGGAGUUCAUUGCAUUUCCCGGAACAAAACUGAGCAGGGCUUGGUCUGCAUUUCGAUUUAUUCUUGCUGGGAGUAAGAAUUCUGUGGAGGAUCUAUGGAUUGAAGUCCGGAACUCAAAGGAAGUGCGGAAAAUUAUCCGAGCUCUGAGGCCGCUCGAGGGGCUGAAGAAUGUCGUGUUGGUAUUGAACACGUCAGUCAAAGGAAGCAGAGAUCUCCAGCCUGAACACGAAUGCUUCGUGGAAACACUGGAGGAAUGCUUCGACUCAGCUGGAGGUGGUUUGAAACAGGCGACUCUCCUCUACGAGUUGGAGCCAGGUCACCGUACCGUGUGCUUGACCUACAGCCUCGAAAGACAGAAAAAGACGAAUUUCUCGUCCGCAUUUAUCACGAGAUUUUACUCGGAAUGGCUCAAGUAUAUUCCA